AUCCUGCGCCAGAAAACACAGAUCAAAAUAAUUCAUCUAAUACCGAUAAUAGCACUAUUCUUUCUUUAAAUACUAGAAAAGCUAUUGAUGUUGUUACUACUAAUAAUAAUAAUCUUAUUAUAGAUGUUUCUACUAAUCUUCUUCUUUUUCAAGAUAAAAAUGCUAAACAAGCUUGA